UUCACUUCUGUAAAGAACAACCAAUCAGCACUCCCAGCAAAAUGGCAUUCAAGUUCGUCUUCGCCCUCGCCUUCGUCGCCGUGGCCAGCGCCGGUUACGCCCCCAUUGCCGCCCCCCAGGUGUACCAUGCCGCCCCCGCGGUUGCCACCUACGCCCAUGCCCCCGUGGCCGUGGCCCAGAAGGUCGUGGUCAAGGCCGCCGAGGAGUACGACCCCCACCCCCAGUACCGCUUCUCCUACGGAGUCGAUGACAAGCUGACCGGCGACAACAAGGGCCAGGUGGAGGAGCGCGAUGGCGACGUGGUCCGUGGAGAGUACUCCCUGAUCGACGCCGAUGGCUACAAGAGGACCGUCCAGUACACCGCCGACCCCAUCAACGGAUUCAACGCCGUGGUGAACCGUGAGCCCCUGGUCAAGGCCGUCGCCGUUGCCCCGGUCGUCAAGACUGUUGCCGCUCCCGUCGCCCACUACGCCGCCCCCGCUGCCUACGCCUCCUACGCCGCCCCCUCUGUGGCCCACUAUGCAGCCCCUGCCGUUGUGAAGACUGUGGCCCCAGUUGCCCACUACGCCGCCCCUGCUGUGGUCAAGAGCGUUGCCCCAGUGGCUCACUACGCUGCUCCUGCCGUCGUCAAGACCGUGUACCCCGACGAUCCCCAUCCCAAGUACAACUUUGCCUACGAUGUGCAGGAUGCCCUCUCCGGGGACUCGAAGAGCCAGGUGGAGUCCAGGGACGGGGAUGUGGUGCAGGGCGAGUACUCCCUGGAUGACGCCGAUGGCUUCCGCCGCACGGUAAAGUACACCGCUGACUCCGUCAACGGAUUCAAUGCCGUGGUGCACCGCGAGCCCCUGGCCCAUGUGCACAAGGUGGUGGCUGCUGCUCCCGUCCAAUAUCACCACGCCCCUGCCGCGCCCGCUGCCGUGAUCAAGAGCUAUUCCGCCCCUGCCCCAGCUUAUGUGGCCCCCACCUAUGCCGCCCCCACCUACGCCGCCCCUGCCUACACCGCCCCCGCCUACACCACCCACCAGGCUGAGCAGCCCCAGGAGCAGGAUCACCAGCAGCACCACUACGCCAGCUACGAGUCCCCCGCCCACUCCCAGGCCGCCCACGAAGGUCAUGAGUACUACCACCACCAGUAAGGGCUUCCUACCACAGAUCACCCGACAGGCAAAAGUAUUAUCCCGCACCCAUCCCAUUAUAAGACCUCAUUUAGCUCCUUAACCUAGUUGUGUUGCUUAGUUUUUACGUCAAUGUAA